AUGUCCACCGGCACAAAGACCGUCAUCGCGACAGGUGCAUCCUCCGGCCUGGGCUUCGAAUCCGUCAAGCAACUACUCGAAAAACCCGAGCCUUACAAUUUCAUACUCGGUGCCCGAGACACGAAGAGAACCCAGGCUGCGUACGACGCGCUCGGUUUCGAUUCUACCAAGCACUCUGUUCACAUUCUACCACUUGACCUGAAGAGUUUGCGGAGUGUGCAGGUAUUUGUUCAGAAGGCUCUGGCCCAGCUUGGUCGGAACAAGAUCGAUUAUUUGUUCCUGGCUGCUGGUACACUUGAUGAUGCUAAUGGGCCGGGCCCGAAUGGAUCGCAAUGGUGUGAUGGGUAUGUUGUUAAUCAUCUUGCCCAGCAUUAUUUGGUCCACCUGAUUCGUGAGACUUUGAUUGCUUCUCAAACACGUAUUGUCUUCGUUUCUUCCGGCGCGAUCCGGAAUGUGCGUGAACAGGAUCCUAAAACGCUGGAUAUGGACCUGAAGGCCAACUCCGGCGCCGGCAAAAGACUAGUAUACUGCGGCUCCAAGUUCGUUCAGUUACUGGGCGCUCACUACUGGCGUCGUAAUCUACCAGAAUGCACCAUCGUAGCCGUUUCUCCCGGCCUCGUCCCUGACACCAACCUCGCCACAGACAUGGGAUUGAGCAUGAAUAUGCCCGAUGCCAAGACGGUCCCAGAAGGUGCUCGAAGCCUUCUCGAGGCUUUUACUCGCAAUGAUAUCCCUGCGGAUCCGGAGCAGAUCUUCCUCACUAGUUGGGGUGAAUGGUGGCCCAAGGAUGUGUAUGCGAUGAGCCUGGAUACCGAACUACAGGAUAAGUGGUGCUUGGGUAGAGAAGAGAUUGAGAAGGCUGAGGGUCUUGCUGGGGAAUCCUGA